AUGCAUAAAGAACAUGCCCAAGUUGUGGGCGACACUAAUACGGAGCCUAAAAGAGUAAAAGUGUAUAUUCUAGAAGACAACGAAUGGAAGGACACAGGAACCGGGUUUUGUAUUGGACAAUAUGAACAUGCAGCCGCGUCGGCAUACCUAGUGGUACGCGAUGAGGACCAGCCGGAUCGUGUUCUUUUGAAAUCGAAAUUGGAAGGAAAUAUUGAAUAUCAGCGACAGGAGGAAACAUUGAUCGUCUGGAAGGAUAUUCAGGGGCAGGAUAUAGCGUUGUCAUUUGAGGAAAGUAUGGGUUGCAAUGCGUUGUGUGAUUUUAUUUGCCAAGUUCAGAAGACAUUGGAGAACAAUAUUUCGUUGGUUUCCGUUAGAUCGAACGAGGAUGGUAUGGGGUCUGUGCAUGAGAUAAUAACCGGGCCUGUGCAUUUGCCGUCGAAUGACUUGGUACAAAACGAGGGCACCCUAAUGGAGUCGUUGCGGAUUUUAAACAAAAAUACGGCUUUAGAAUUUUUAAAAAACGAAACGGUAGAGUUUCUUGUCAACUCAAAUUACUUGGAUACACUUCUUACUCAUUUCCAAAUUGCAGAGGAGAAGCAGCUUCACAGGGACCUUCUUUUGUUGAGUCAUAUCAUAAAGACGUUGUUUCUGUACAAUCAACGAGAGAUUUUAGAAUUACUAAUAGACGAUGACCACUACCUAGGUGUUGUGGGCAUAUUGGAAUACGACACCGAAUAUCCGGAUUGUAAGGCCAACCAUCGCAGGUGCUUACAAGAGACCAAAACAACCUUUAAGGAAGUAAUACCGUUGAAUGAUGAAAAUAUGAGGCAGACGAUUAAGAAGACUUUUCGACUUCAGUUUUUGAAAGAUGUUGUUUUGGUAAGGUUUUUGGAUGACCAUUCUUCAAACUUGAUCACCGAUGUCAUGCUUAACUAUCAGACUACCAUCAUCCAUUUUCUACAAAAAGGUCGGUUUAUUGAUGAAUUGGUAGGAUUGUAUGCAGGUAAUCCCAAUACUACAGAUCCAGAUCUGCUGGAGAAAAAGCGCCAAGGAAUCAAGUUAUUGGACGAAUGCGUUCAAAUAUCGUGCAACUUGGAUUCCCCCGAUAGAUCGACAUUUUACAAAUCAUUGGUCAAGAAGGGCCUCUUCAACGUUCUAGAUUUUGCCUUUAACGUUGAAACCAACAGUGAAAUCAGAAUCUUAGCAACGGAUAUGAUCAUUUCAAUCAUCGAGCAUGAUAUUCUCUUGAUUAAUAGUGUUCACAAUGAAAUGAUGGACCACUCGCUUGAUGAAGAGCAUUCCCACGAUAAUAAUAACAGUAAUAAUAAUGGUAACCAUCAUAGUACUAAUGAUGAUGAUGAUGAUAACAAUAACAAUAGUAAUAGUAAUGAUAACAAUAAUAGUGACAGUAAUAAUAAUAUUCCUGGUGAAAAUAACGAUAAACUUCCCACAACCUCCGAACUGCAUGUCUCAAAUGGUGUGACAACUGGAGCAGACUCAAACAAUAACAGUCAGGUACAGCAACACUCUUCAGACAUUUCAUUGCUAUUAAUACUAUCCAAAAUUUUGUUGACAGAUAAAAGUCCAGGACUAAAGGAACAAGCGUUCCAAGCCUUAGUUACACUAUUGGACCCUGAGGACUUUAUGGGCGAAGAUUAUGAGGACCAAUCAAGCAUAGAAAGCCUGGUGAAAUUUUACGCCAAUAGUAAGUUGCGCGAUAAGUCCACAGGCCCCCAAUACCAGUUAAUGGAGUACUUCAACAAGUUUUACAAACAAGUUGCACCUGUGUUGUUUCAUAUAUUGAUCUCAGGUGACAUCGAAAAUAGAGAUGAUCAACUCUUAUUGAGGCUUGUGAAAUUGGUUGACUUGCUUGUCCAUGAGCAUGACAUCAUGCUUUCGCGGGGGUUUGUCUUGGAAAAUGGCGUGUUGAUCACUAUCUCUAGAUUUAUCGAGCCUAAGCACAUCCCACAGUUACGGUUAGCCGCACUGCGAUGCAUCAAGGGUGUUGUAAUGCUUAAUGACGACUUCUAUUCAAGGUAUCUAAUUUCCAAAAAUUUGUUCGAUCCAAUAUUCCAACUACUACAAGAAAAUCUAUAUCUUGACAAUACAGCCAACUCCUGUGUGUUGGAUUUCCUCAAGUUUGUUUCCACCCAGUGUUAUCAGUCGCAAGAAGUUUCCGAUUUUAAUAAGAAAAACUACAUCAUGUUCAACAAGUAUUUGGUCGACAGGUUUGGCAACUUGUUGAGCAAAGUUGACUACGUUCCCUUUCCCGCAAACAUGAUACGUAUGAGCCGCAAUGAUAAUUUCGACGGCACUACAACAGCUGACAUCAAAGACACCGAAGAUGGCUUUUUAGAAAGCCCCGGUGAAGAUCUUGAGCAUGCUAAAGAAAUCGUCAAUGCGGUCGGUGACCAUGAAGACGAAGACGAAGAAAACCUAGGCAUGAUGGACUCUUCUCUAAUCGAUGAAAGUGAUAGCGAUAGCGAUGGAGAAGACCUUGACAGCACCUCCAACGGGGUAACAACCGAUACAACUCCAAACAAAGCAAACCAAAAAAGACCCUAUUCUGAUCUGGAAGAUAACCAAAAUGGCCUUGACUCGGUAGUCCCUCAAAGAAGAUUGUCCCUUGACAAAAUCAAAGAAAUCCCAGUUCUACCAGAGAAAACGGUAUUGAAGUAA